UGACAUCGGGACCUCGGAGUGACAUCGGGACCUCGGAGUGACAUCGGGACCUCGGACUUCCAUUGAAAGUGGCCUCAGCUACUCAUACCCCUCUCCCCUGUCCCUAGUUCAGUAUCUAGAAAGGCCAAAGGAACACCAGAGACCCAGAAGACCGCGAUCAAUAUUUGUUCAAAGUGUGAAUGGCUGAAGGCAAGGGAAGGGGUGUGUUCUGACAGUUCGUUCUCGGUUUUCCUGCCAACCACACCCCAGCAGACACUCCCCUCUCCCGUAAAGGAUAAAGGCUCUCCCCAUCAAGCCCUGUAGGAAAGGAGCCAGCCCCUGGCCUGUUGCUCAGAAGGGCUGUGGUAGCCGAGAGCCAUGCCGAGGUACACGGUGCACGUGCGUGGGGAAUGGCUGGCGGUGCCCUGCCAGGACGCGAAGCUCACCGUGGGCUGGCUGGGCCGCGAGGCUGUGCGGCGCUACAUGAAGAACAAACCGGACAACGGUGGCUUCACCUCGGUGGAUGAAGUGAAAUUCCUUGUGCGCCGGUGCAAGGGCCUGGGCCUGCUAGACAACGAGGACCUGCUGCAGGUGGCCUUGGAGGACAAUGAGUUCGUAGAAGUGGUCAUUGAAGGGGAUGUAAUGUCUCCUGAUUUCAUUCCAUCCCAGCCAGAAGGAGUUUUCCUAUACAGCAAAUACCGGGAGCCUGAAAAGUACAUUGACCUAGAUGGGGACAGUCUGACCACGGAGGAUCUGGUCAACCUGGGCAAGGGACGUUACAAGAUAAAGCUCACUCCAAUUGCUGAGAAGAAAGUGCAACAGUCCAGAGAAGUCAUCGACAGCAUCAUAAAAGAAAGAACAGUUGUUUACGGCAUCACCACAGGUUUUGGAAAAUUUGCCAGAACAGUAAUCCCUGCCAAUAAGCUACAGGAGCUUCAGGUCAACUUAGUCCGGUCCCAUUCUUCAGGUGUUGGGAAACCGCUCAGUCCUGAGAGGUGCCGGAUGCUAUUGGCUUUGAGGAUCAACGUCUUAGCCAAAGGAUACAGUGGGAUUUCCUUGGAGACCCUGAAACAAGUUAUUGAAGUAUUUAAUGCCUCCUGCCUGUCCUAUGUUCCAGAGAAAGGAACUGUGGGUGCCAGCGGAGACCUUGCCCCUCUUUCUCACCUUGCUCUGGGGCUCAUUGGAGAAGGAAAGAUGUGGUCCCCGAAGAGUGGCUGGGCCGAUGCUAAAUAUGUCCUAGAAGCCCACGGAUUGAAACCAAUUGUCCUGAAACCAAAAGAAGGCCUGGCACUCAUCAACGGGACACAGAUGAUCACUUCCCUGGGCUGCGAAGCCCUGGAGCGAGCCAGCGCCAUUGCCCGGCAAGCCGAUAUUGUGGCCGCCUUGACCCUUGAGGUGCUGAAGGGCACCACCAAAGCCUUCGAUACCGACAUCCACGCCGUCCGGCCUCACCGAGGUCAAAUUGAAGUUGCCUUUCGGUUCCGGUCCCUCCUGGACUCAGAUCACCACCCAUCAGAAAUUGCAGAAAGUCACAGGUUCUGUGAGCGUGUUCAGGACGCGUACACCUUACGCUGCUGUCCACAGGUCCACGGUGUGGUGAACGAUACGAUAGCCUUUGUAAAGGACAUCAUCACUACAGAACUGAACAGUGCCACAGACAAUCCUAUGGUCUUUGCCAGUCGAGGGGAGACAAUUUCAGGAGGAAACUUCCACGGUGAAUACCCAGCCAAAGCCCUGGAUUAUUUGGCCAUUGGCGUCCACGAACUUGCGGCAAUUAGUGAAAGAAGAAUCGAAAGGCUGUGUAAUCCUUCCCUCAGUGAGCUGCCCGCCUUCCUGGUAGCUGAAGGAGGUCUCAAUUCUGGAUUCAUGAUAGCCCACUGCACAGCAGCAGCCCUGGUGUCUGAGAGCAAGGCUCUGUGCCACCCUUCAUCUGUGGACUCGCUCUCUACCAGUGCUGCCACGGAGGACCACGUCUCCAUGGGAGGAUGGGCAGCCAGGAAGGCCCUCAGGGUCGUCGAGCAUGUGGAACAAGUGCUGGCCAUUGAGCUUCUUGCGGCUUGCCAGGGCAUAGAGUUUCUGCGUCCCCUGAAAACAACCACUCCACUGGAGAAGGUGUACGACCUGGUGCGCUCUGUAGUAAGGCCCUGGAUAAAAGAUCGCUUCAUGGCCCCGGACAUCGAGGCAGCACACAGGUUGCUUCUUGACCAAAAGGUUUGGGAGGUUGCUGCGCCCUACAUCGAGAAGUACAGAAUGGAGCACAUUCCAGAAUCCAGACCUCUUUCUCCAACGGCGUUUUCACUAGAAUCUCUCCGAAAGAAUUCAGCCACAAUCCCAGAGUCUGACGAUCUUUAACCGGCACAUCAGACAGACCUGAACUCAUCACAGCACUGGCGCGUUGAACCAACCGCCUGUGACGUGUAGAACUCAUCUCUUUCCAAACAUACUCUGGCCAUGGCGUCAGUGCAGUCGCCGAACCCAGAGCCCUGUUCUUGUUUUCUUGUUGCUGUGGUUUAAGGAGUUUAAGGUGCCUUCUGGUCGUGGAGUUUUCUUUCUUGAUAAUAUAAACAGGCUACUUUUAAAAAUAGCCACAAUUCCAUAAGUUUAUCUUCACUCUUGGUAUUAGGAAAAUCAUUUCAGAGCAUUCUUUAAAAAACAUUAGAUUUUGUGAACUUUUAAAAGGAAAAAAAAAGUUUCUUGGGAAGCUCUCUACUUGGCUGAGUGUACUAUACCCUAAUCUGACUAAUAUGUUUCAAGUCAGAAUUUGUUGUUAAGUCUCUCCUUCUGAGUCACAGAAAAGAGUCUUGAGCAAGAGGAGCAAGUUCAGGGGGUGCAGUGCACAAACAUGAGGAUCCAAACUGAGUUCAGAGCUCCAGCAUCAUGAUAAAAAGGCAGGUGUGGUGGUGGGUACCUGAGCCCUGGUGCUGGGAGACAGACAGGCAGCUCCUGGGGGCUCACUGCUCAGCCGGCCUAGCAAAAUGGUGAGUUCCAGGUUCAGGCUCCAACCAAAAAAUGACGUGGGCAUUGAUAGAAGACAUUUUAACAUCUACCUCUGGUUCUAUAUGUGACCACGUGAACAAGUGUACCUGCACACCACAUACACAUUAUCUAUCUAUCUAUCUAUCUAUCUAUCUAUCUAUCUAUCUAUCUAUCUAUCAUCUGUCUAUAUAUCUGUCAGACUAUCUGUUUCAUAGACACUAUCAUCUAUCUGUCACAGACUAUUUGUCACACAGACUAUCACACAGACUAUCUAUCACAUAGACUGUCUAUCUGACAUAAGACUAUCUGUCUGUCUGUCUGUCUGUCUAUCCAUCCAUCCAUCCAUCCAUCCAUCCAUCCAUCCAUCCAUCUAUCUAUCUAUCUAUCUAUCUAUCUAUCUAUCUAUCUAUCUAUCUAUCUAUCUAUCUAUCUAUCUAUCUAUCUAUCUAUCUAUCUAUCUAC